CCUCCUUUUCCUCCGUCACUCCUACCCGUACAAGUUUCCUUCCCUAUGAAGGAGUCUUCUUAGUUUCUAGUCUUCACUUCACUACUCACUACUACCGCUACCGCUACCUUCUCCUCUUUUCGAGCUUUCUUUGUUUCCUUCAAAACCUCUGCUUUCUUCUCUCUGUAAGACUGUAACUACUCAACUUCGUGUUUUUCUGUCUUGGUUUCUGGGUGUUUUUUCUUUUCUGUUUGCAAGAGCAACAAUGGCAACUCCAAAACAACACAUAGAGCACAUAAGAAAAACUACAUUCUCAAUAGGAGGAGAAAAGAACCCUUUGGCUCCUAUGCUUGAUCAGGCUGUCAAGUAUCUUUCUGCUGAACUCUACGCUAAAGAUGUCCACUUUCUUAUGGAACUCAUUCAGAAUGCUGAAGAUAAUGAAUACUUGGAACCGGUGGAUCCUUCACUUGAGUUUGUCAUAACAUCUCGAGAUAUAACAAACACUGGUGCACCUGCUACUUUGCUCAUGUUCAAUAAUGAGAAGGGUUUUUCUGCCAAAAAUAUCGAGUCCAUUUGCAAUGUUGGAAAUUCCACUAAGAAAGGGAACCGGAAGCGUGGCUAUAUUGGGGAGAAAGGAAUUGGAUUCAAGAGUGUGUUUCUUAUUGCAGCUCAGCCUUACAUAUUCAGCAAUGGCUAUCAGAUACGAUUCAAUGAAAAGCCCUGUCCACACUGCAAUCUUGGAUACAUAGUUCCUGAAUGGGUUGAUGAUAGCCCAUCUCUUUUUGACAUAAAACAGAUUUAUGGUUCCGCUUCUACCCUCCCAACUACUACACUGAUUUUGCCUCUGAAGCCUGAUAAGGUGAACCCCGUGAAGCAGCAGCUGUCGAGUAUUCAUCCUGAAAUCCUGCUGUUCCUUUCAAAGAUAAAACGCCUUUCUGUGAGGGAAGAAAAUGAGGAUCCCAGGCUCAACACUGUUAGUGCAGUAGCUAUUACCAAAGAGACAAAUUUCAUGCAAAGGAAAAACAUUGAUGCCGAGUCCUACACACUCCAUCUGUCUGCAGAUGAAAACAGUGAUGAAUUUGAAAAAGAAUGCAGCUACUACUUGUGGAAACAGAAAUUUCCUGUCAGGCAGGAAAACAGAGUCGACAUGAGAAUGGAUGUGGAGGAUUUGGUGAUCACUUUGGCUUUUCCUAAUGGAGAGCGCCUCCAUAGGGGAAUGAAGUACUCACCUGGAAUAUAUGCAUUUCUUCCAACCGAGAUGGUGACUGACUUUCCCUUCAUAAUUCAAGCAGAUUUUAUUCUAGCAUCAUCAAGGGAAACAAUACGAUGGGACAACAUAUGGAACCAGGGAAUUCUUGAUUGUGUUCCCUUUGCUUUUAUCGAAGCUUUUGUCUCAUUAGUCAAAACAGUGCAUGGUGCACCAGCAUCUAGUUUGCCUCGAAUGUUCAAGUUCUUGCCGGUCCAUAGCCCCCCCUUUGAAAAGUUGAAUUCAGUGAGGGAAUCAAUUAAAGCGAAGCUGGCUGAAAAGGAUAUCAUUCCAAGUGAGUCAUACACAGCACAACAGUUCUUUCAUAAACCACGUGAAGUUGGCCGAUUAAUGCCUGCUUUCUGGAAUAUACUGAAGAAGACAAGGGAGCGAGGAGUGAGCUUGCACAAACUUUCAUCCCAUGGUUGCUAUGUUCUGAAUUCUUCAUUUGAUAAGCCAGAGUAUGAUGACAUACUGGAUUUCUUGGGGGUGAGACCGGUAAGUAGUGAGUGGUAUGUAAAGUGCAUUCAAGGCUCUAAUAUUGUAAUGGGAGUCUCAGAGGAAACGUACCUGGAGCUUCUUCAUUUCCUUGCUGUUAAUUGGCAGUCCGAGUUUCACAGCACAGGCAUGGGGAACAUUCCACUAAUUAAAUAUGUGGGUACUGAUGGGAGCGUGACUUUGUGCUCUGUUAAUGAAUCUGCUCAACUGUAUGGUAAAACUCUGUGCCUAUCACUUCAAUCUUCUCGUUUCUCAUGGUUGAUUGAUUGGAACAGAGAGUUCCGAUGCAUGGCAAAUCAUUUUUUUGUGCCAAGAACCACACAAGAAGCUAUCUGUUCAUCAUCUAACAAAGAACUUGUGUUAAAAUGGCUUGUAGACCUGGUUAAAAUCAAAGCUUUAAGCGUAUAUCAUUACGCAGAUCUCUACGGAGAUCAAGUCAGUUGCGACCGGAAACUUGUCAUUGCCUAUGCUCACUUCUUACAUCACUCAUUCUUAAAUGACUAUCUAUCGGAAAGGGAAGUUGUUUCUUUGUGUGGUAAGAUGCCACUUGUUGAUAGCUAUGGCAAUGUGAUCAAAGCAAGGAAUGCGGUUCUAGUCCCAGCUAAUGAAAGCAAAUGGGUGCAAUUGAUUGGUUCUAAUCCUUGGAGCGAAGAAAGCUAUGUUGAGUUAGGAGAAGACUACUUGCAUCCUGCAUGUUUUGCUGGCACAAGCACGGUGGGAAACCAACUCAUGAAUUUCCUUAAAGUUUAUGUUAAGGCUUCUGAUAUUCCUCACAUAUCUCCCCCCAAUGCUGGAAUACCUACUGCGUCAACACCACUUACCAAACAAAAUGCAUUUCUGCUGUUGGAUUGGAUUCGUGAGCUGAAACGGAGUGGAAUUCACAUUCCAGCAAGGUUCAUGGCUUGCAUACAGGAGGGUAGCUGGCUAAAAAUUACUAUGAAUGGCUCUCCUGGUUACAAACCACCAUCACAGUCGUUCCUACUUGCUUCGAGCAACAGAAGCUCAAAGUGGGGAAACAUUUUGCAGAGUGCAUCUGUGCUUGUCGAUAUUCCUUUGAUAGAUCAGGGUUUUUAUGGUCACAAAAUUACGGAGUAUAGAGAGGAGCUACGGACAGUUGGGGUCAUGUUUGAGUAUGGAGAGGCAUGCAAAUUUAUCGGGAACCAUCUCAUGUCUUUGGCAGCUUCAUCCGCUUUAACUAAAAGCAAUGUUAUCUCCAUACUGAAUUUCAUCAGAUUUUUGAGGCAGAAUUUUCUUUCUCUAGAUGAAUUCAUUGGCAGAAUUAAAGAAGAAAGGUGGCUAAGGACUUGUUGGGGUGAUAGGUCUCCGGUUGGAUCUGUUCUAUAUGAUCAGGAGUGGACAACUGCGAGGCAAAUUAGUGACAUCCCUUUCAUUGAUGAAGAUUACUAUGGCGAGGACAUCCUUUUUUACAAACCAGAACUCCAGUUGCUUGGCGUUGUAGUUGGCUUCAAUGAAAGUUAUCAAUUGGUUGUUGAUUGCUUUAAAUCGCCUUCAUGCUUAUCUACUCUGACAAAGGAGGCCUUUCUUCUGGUUUUGGAUUGCAUGCAUCAUUCUACUUCUGCUCACAAACUAGUUAAUGCAGUGAAAAGUACAAAAUGCUUAAAGACAAACUUAGGUUACAAAUGUCCUGGCGAUUGUUUCUUGUUUAAUCCUGAAUGGGGUUGUCUUCUAAAGGUCUUUGGUGGUUUCCCAUUGGUUGAUAGUAAUUUCUAUGGAAGCAGCAUCAUCUCUCACAAUACGGAGUUGAAGGAGCUGGGAGUAAAGGUAGACUUUGAGGAUGCUGUCAGAGUGUUUGUUCACACUUUUAUAAAGCAGGCAUCUUCGUCUUCCAUUACAAAGGAAAAUGUGUUUUCAUUCAUAUCAUGCUACAGAAAACUGAAGGGAACUCCAAACAAAUUUCCUUCAGAUCUCAAGAAGUGCAUCCGCGAGGUGAAAUGGCUGCGGACUCGGCUUGGUGAUUAUAGAUCUCCAAGAGAAUGUAUUCUGUUCGGUCCUGUGUGGGAGUUAAUUUAUCCAAUUACUCGCCUUCCGUUUAUCGAUGACAGCGAGAAAUACUAUGGGAAUGGCAUUCAUGAGUAUCGAAAGGAGCUGAAGAGUAUGGGGGUCGUUGUUGAAUUUAAAACCGGUGUGAAGUUUGUGGCGGCUGGUCUUUGCUUUCCUCAAAAUCCACGUCGCAUAGCUCCCGGGAAUGUGCUUUCAUUACUGGAAAGCAUCCGUGCUUUACUGCAAGAAAAGGAGUACUCCUUUCCCGAUGCUUUUCUGAAAAAUAUUUCUCAAGGAUGGUUAAAGACCCAUGCUGGUUUCAGGUCUCCGGGUACCUGCUGUUUGUUCAAUUCCCGGUGGAGUUCCCACGUGAGGCCUACUGAUGGACCAUUCAUUGAUGAAGAUUUUUAUGGUUCUGACAUCAAAUUGUAUUCAAAAGAGCUCAGUGCAAUAGGAGUUGAUGAAGAAAAGGUUUGCUCAUUGCUUGCCAGUCAUCUUGAUUCCCAUUCUGAAUUCGACACUAUAGUUCGAGUAUAUGAUUUUCUGAGAGAAAAUAAGUGGAAACCAGAUAGUGAUGCUACCAGAAAGAUUUGGAUUCCAGAUGGACUUGAGAAUGGAAUGUGGGUUGACCCAGAAGAAUGUGCUCUGCAUGACAAAAAUGGUCUCUUUGGUCUGCAGCUGAAUGUAUUGGAGAAUCAUUAUAAGCCAAAAUUACUUCAUUUCUUCUCCAGUUCAUUUAAUGUUAAAUCCAAUCCUUCAUUUGAUGAUUACUGUAAGCUUUGGAAGGUUUGGGAAAGUUUAGGAAGACCAGUGACACAUGCUGAGUGCUGUGCUUUUUGGGAGUGUGUUAUGAUGCAAAGGAGCUCAAGGACAGAGAGAACCCUUGCUGAUGAUUUGGUAAAGCUACCUGUUGUUUUGCGCUCUGGUGAAAUUCUGCUGUCCAGCAAGAGUGAUGUUUUUAUUGCUGAUGACCUUCUAUUAAAGGACCUAUUUGAGAAGUUCUCAUCGCGCCCAAUAUUUGUCUGGUGUCCUCAGCCAAACUUGCCUUCUUUGCCUCGAACUAGGUUGCUUGAAGUCUACAGGAAAAUUGGGGUUCGCACUGUAUCUGAAUCAGUGCUGAAGGAAGAAUUGUCAUUGGCAGAUGGAGUAGAACUUAGUCAGAUGGAUUCGAGGGAUGCUGGGAUUGGAAAGGAGCUGAUUAGACUGAUUCUUGGCUUUCUAGCAGAUCCUUCUCUUGAUAUGGAAGCAACGAAGAGGCAUGGAGCUGUCCAGUGCCUCCUGAAUCUUAAGGUGCUGGAGACUAUGGAGCCAAUUACUGUAAGCUAUAGUUUAUUGCUUUCUGACGGGGAACCUCUGAAGGUGAAAGCAAGCCGUAUGAUUCGCUGGGAUAAAGAGUGUUCAAAGUUUUUCACACAGAAGAUGGAUAAAGCUGGCGGCCAGAAAAAUCUUAUUGAAUAUGCAACCUCUUUUUCUGAAGUAAUAGCUCGGGGGGUGUUGUGGGAUAAAGAAGAUCAAAUAAAAGCACUCUCUGAACUGAUCAAGUUGGCUUUCCUCCUGAAUUUUGAUGAACAAGCUGUUCAAUUCUUGAUGAAAUCUAAUAAUCUUCAAACUUUUCUGGAGGACGAGGAGUUCCUUAAUGCUGCCUUCCCUUCUGUUUAGGUACGUGUGAACCCCUUAAUAGUUACAAGUUCGCAACCUUCUGUUUUUGUCCUUUGCUUCUUCCAGCACCAUUUAUCUGUCUAAGCAAGUAUAAUUUUGUUAAUAUGUAUGAUGGUCUGAACUAUUGGAUCAAAUAUGUUACGGAGUUCAGUGGUUAAGCUGGUUCAGUCCGUCUACUAUCUAGUGAACUUGGGUGGGUGUUUUUCAGUUUUGUUUGCUUUGCAGCUGUAUGCAUGGUCAUUUUGAAUUAUAAAAUGGUGUGUUCUUAAA